AUGAUAUUCUGGCCCAUUGCGGCUCUGCUCCUCUGCCUAUCGGGAGCAGACGCAAACAAACACUUUCGAGCAGCCCCGCCACAGGUGCAUUUUCCCGAGUGUCGACCGUGGCUUAUCGAAGGGCACAUUUUGCAGGGCGAGUUCCCGCUGAGCUUGGAUACGGGCGAAGAGCACGUCUCGGGACUGAUGCUGUACACACCUCGGUGCGAGGACGGGGCGCCAAUACUGGAUCUCACGCAGUUUCGCAAACAACGAGCACCAUACAUUUUUGCUUUGUUUCUCGACGCCAGAGUGCUGGCAGACCGAAACCCGGGCCCAGACCCCAAUCACCGGUUCGAAUCGGAGGAAGGAGAAGAUGGAGACACUGACGCGCUGCAGAGCAUCGACCCAAGCACCCAAAUGCCCAAAUGGAUCACCCACCAAGGCCCCGCGCCGUGGCAAGAACCGUUUGAACAGAGCGUGGUGAUCAUCUCCCUGGUAGCAGCCAGCUGUGUGGCAGUGGUGUGGAUUCUGACACUCGUGGCCUGGUCUCAAAUGCACGUGCGAUCGUGGAUCAUGCUCAUUUCAAUCACAGCAGCCGCAGCAACCCUGACAGUGGCGUUUGGCAUUAUGGUCUCAGCAACAAGAAAAGACUUCUACCGAGGAAUACUGGACGCCGGAGGAGUGGUCGACGCCCUGUCAGGAAUCACCGGAAGCGACGACAUCAUUGGUAGAGGCUCCAUGGCCGUGGCAAUCGUGCAUUACAUGUCUGGAGUGAUCAUCUACGCCGCAGAAUUGGAAUGUCUGCUGAGAGCAUUCUCCGACAGAAUCAACGAACGAAGAGUCGCCAUGUGGGGAGGAACCGGUCUUGCAGUGGGAGCAAAAACCCUAUGGGCCAUCUACGUGUUUGUUCCCGUGGACAGCGUGCAGGAUAACGAGGCCCUGACGUCGGUGACGGUGGCAGCCUAUCUCCUGGAAACCGCAGUGUCGGUGCUGUUCGCAUGCGCGCUCUUCGCCUUUGGUGUUGGUCACGUGACCACGGCCUAUUCGUCCGUGACUCUUCCACUCGGCAUUCUUGUGCAUGCUCUUUCUCUGGUCCCGUUUGCUGCCUUCAUUACCGAUCUGGCUCUUCCAGACGACACCCGGUGGAUGUGGUAUGUUCGGGUGGCUGCCGAGUCCGCCUGUGUGGUACUCUUGUGGAUGUGGAUGGACCGUAUCGACGAGCAGGCGACCGAGGAAGAAGAAGGAGCGAUUCUAGGCCGACGAGUGUUCCCCGAAGAGAACCAGACCUUCAACGGACUCGGAUACGUCACCGGAGGAGGUAAAGCAGUGUCUGAGAGUUCAACAAGCACCGAAAACACACUGCAUCAAGCUGCCUCUCAUCCAGUGUCCCAGACAAACUCACACCCUGUGACCUACAAUCCCAACGCCUAUGUCUAUGAAGAAGACAAGGUGAGAGCUACAAUCAUGCGGUUUCUUCCUCCCCAACUGCAAUUCAACCGACCAAACACCGGCUCGUCCGGAGUGUCUGGAGAUACCGCGUAUCUGGCUGUUCGGUCGCCGGAACGCACUUUUCAGUACCCUGCCUUGGGCACUCCGGUCAACACUCCUCCGAACGACGACACUACUAACGACCCCCGCCAUAAUCACGUGAGUCCCAAUGAGGAUCCUCCCACACGACAUUUUAAUCCUGCUCUUGUCGAGCCCUGA